AUGGAGCCGAAUCCAUUAUCCUGUGGCCAUUGUGGGGAGACGUUCCAACGCCGUGAGCACCGCGAUCGACACGUCCUACGACACACGGGCCUCAAGCCGUUUCAGUGCAACGUCUGCUCCAAGUCGUUCUCUCGCAAUGACACCCUUACUCGUCAUCGAGCCUUGCAUGAUAGUCAACCUGGCACGUCCAAAACUCGCCGUCGCCGCCGUGGUCAAGCUUGUGCACCCUGUUCAAGGGUGAAGCAGAGCUGUGAUGGAGGCCAUCCUUGUUCGCGAUGUGAGACUCGCAAUUCAGAGUGCAUUUAUCCUGAUAGGGUAUCUAGUGCACGGCAAGAUGAUAGUGAUACUAUAAUCGUUGGAGAGUCAUCCCAAGGCCAAGACAUCGCUGCUUCAUCGCCCCUCACAGCUCAAGGCGCAGACUUCCAGGAGGAAGCUUUUAUACCUGGUGACCUUCAUGUCGCUUCAGAAGUAUGGGACAAUCCUCCUUCUAUUCCCUCUGAUACUAGUGGAAUGCCGACGAUAGCAUCAAGCACCAUAUACACAACAGUCCCAGAUGCUUCUUCCAGCUGGGCUUAUCUUCCAACCUUGCCCGAUGCUUUUCCUUUCGGCGCGGAUAUUGGCAGUCUUGAUGCCAUAUCAAAUAUUCCAUGGAUGUCUUGGAAUCCUGUGAUGGCUCAUUUCCCUUUUCCCUGGUUCAUGGACGAAUUGGAGAUGCCACUUGAGCUACCGGAUAUGGCACAUCCUCCUGAAGACGCAGCACAUCACGCAGCCUCGGUUCAACAGACUGCAACUGGCUCGGCUUCUACCAAGACUUAUUUAAGUCCUGAACAUAUAUGCUCUUCUUAUACGCUGCCAUGCCGUUCAUUCCCAGAGCCGCAAGCCAUGAGUUUGCAAAUGGCUAAGGCCGAAGUCUUUGGGCAUAUCCAUGAGCUACCUAGACAGGCCGUAGAGGGCUUGAACAACUUCUACAAGACGCAGCAAAGAGACUCAACUCUACUAGUAAUUCCUGAAGACAUCCUCCACACCUUCGUAGAACUAUACUUUGAGUACUUCGAUUCCCAGUUCCCUUUUCUUCAUCCAUCUCGCUUGGAGGACCCAGAUCUCCCAUGGGUUAUGUUAUUAGCCGUUGCAGCGGUCGGAAGCCAUUAUUCUGAGAUUCAAGGCGCAGGUGAGUAUAACUCUGCGUUAUCUGACCUACUAGCCCGAGCUGUUGAACUCACUGUACAUGAUGACAUAUGGAAUGUCGACGUAACAGCAGUACAGUGUGUCUUUCUCUUACAUGUUCUGUGGCUAUUCUCAGGCUCGCACAGCGACAAGAUCGUUCUGCAGCAUAGGCGAAGUAGCCUAGCGACGAUGUGCUGGGACCUCAUUGGCAAGGCUGACAAACGCAGACACUCGAGUCAGGGUGAGCUUGACAACGAAGCAGCAUGGCAAGCUUGGAUCGCUGAGGAGAGUGAACUACGUCUAGUCACUUGUGUACGUGUGUUGGAGUGUUUGAGCCAUAUCUUUCUAGGUACACCGCUGGUGUUCAACCUCCGUGAGGCGACGCGACACCUGCCGUGUCCUGAAAGGCUAUGGCGGCCUCGGGAUGCUUCAGAGUGGAAAUUACGACAAGAAAACUCCUCUACAGGACGCCAACCUAAGCUAGAUACGUUUGCCGCCAAGGUUAUUCCUCUCGAACUAUACAUCGACGACAGGAAUUACUACCGCCAACUGCGCAAUUCCCAACUCUUGCAGUCGUCAUUUGCCUCAUACCUGAGCUCUUCAACAAAUAGUGAUACUCAACACGUGCCGAACCCUUCGCGUCACAGACCUGACACCAGUAGGAGCGAAAGUGUGCUUCUGGACACGACGAUCGAUCAAUUGACCUUGAAAAGCUUGUUGGGCCCUGGAGAGUGUACAGACACACUUUUACAUGUCAUUGCAAUCCUGAGGUUGAUUCCGCUUGAGACUUUACACUCUGCUACAGGCUGGGAGACGAACAAAGAGCAGAUGAUGAAGUCCAAACUGUACCUAAACGACUUCUUUAAGAAUAGUGGUUUGAAGGCGCGCAAGGGUCUAUGGCAUGCUACCUGCAUCUUCAAAACAACGCGGAGUUCACGUCGACUUGCGUGUUAUGACGCCCUCAGUCUUACGGUGGCGAUGGGCUAUAUAUACUGCUACAGCGAAACACGCGCAUUGUUGGUGCCGUCCCCCACGCGUCCGAUGAUUACACGCCUUGAUCAAUUGCAAGACAGAAAAGCCAUUGAAAGAUGGAUUGAGAAUGGCGGUGAUGACGUCGUUCACUUGACCGGCGUUGGAAUACUGGAUGGCUCUGACCAUUGCGUGCGUUUCCUUCGAGAUUUGGAGAGGACGUUGGUAUCUCAGAUCGCGUGGCGAGGCUUCUGUCGUGCUUUUGCUAGUAGUUUCGCUCAGUUGAGACGUGGUGAGACGCCGACGAAGACUUCUAGAGAGUACAAUAAUGCUGAAUGA